GUGUGAGAAGCUGUGUGUGUGUGUGUGUGUGUGUGGUGUAAAAUGUGCUUUUCAAAGUGCUCAGAGGUUGAUGGGAAUGUUUGAUUAGCUCCUCUGAGAAGAAAAGGUGCUUGGACCUCUUGUUCUUUCUUCCUUAGAAUAAUUUGGAUGGGAUUUGUGAUGCAGAAAAUCUUAAGGAAAAAAGGAUAUCCAUUCUGUGUGGUGGAAAAUUUUUGAAAAAAAAAUUGCCUUCUUCAAACAAGGGUGCCAUUUUGACAUUUAUGGGGAUUGUUGUCCUCACUAUGAAGGCAUCUGUUAUUGAAAUGUUCCUUGUUUUGCUGGUGACUGGAAUACAUUCAAAUAAAGAAAUGACAAAGAAGAUUAAAAGGCCUAAAUUCACUGUGCCUCAGAUCAACUGCGAUGUCAAAGCUGGAAAGAUAAUCAAUCCUGAGUUUGUUGUGAAAUGUCCGGCAGGAUGCCAAGACCCCAAAUACCACGUUUAUGGCACAGACAUCUACGCUUCCUACUCCAGCGUGUGUGCCGCUGCGGUUCACAGCGGUGUGCUCGACAACUCCGGAGGGAGAAUACUCGUUCGGAAAGUGGCUGGGCAGUCUGGCUACAAGGGGAGCUACGCCAACGGGGUGCAGUCCUCCUCGCUGCCGCGCUGGAGAGAAUCCUUUGUGGUCUCAGAAGGUAAACCCCAAAAGGGCGUAACCUAUCCAUCGACUCUUACAUAUUCAUCAGCUAAAAGCCCAGCGGCCAAAGCAGGUGAGACCACAACAGCCUAUCAGAAGCCAUCAUCAGUUCCAGGGACAACCGCACAGCCAGUCACCCUGACGCAGGCACCGAGGACCACCCCAGUGGAAGGCACCCCCACCACCUUGCCAAAGCCAUCCCCGUCUGUGGACUCUACUGCCACCAGCAGCCCCAGACCACAGCCCGCAGGCCACAGGAGUCAGGAGCCGGAUCUCGGGUCCACCAUCACCUACCCAAGCAGCAAAAACAGCCCCUGUGCCAACCCAGGGGACACGGACCUGUGGAAACCUGGAAUGGUGCUUUUAGAUGCAGGAUUUGUUCCAAGGGAAGAAUUAAGCACACAGUCAUUGGACCCCAUGUUCCAGGGAGAUCCAAACUGCAAAGUUGACUUAUCGUUUUUAAUUGAUGGGAGUGCGAGCAUUGGAAAACGUCGAUUCCGAAUCCAGAAGCAGUUCCUGGCUGACAUCGCCCAGGCUCUUGACAUUGGCCCGGCGGGUCCACUGAUGGGUGUUGUUCAGUAUGGAGACAACCCUGCUACCCAAUUUAACCUCAAAACUCACAUGAAUUCCCGAGAUCUGAAGACAGCCAUAGAGAAAAUUACGCAGAGAGGAGGGCUGUCUAAUGUAGGCCGGGCCAUCUCCUUUGUGACCAAGAGCUUCUUUUCCAAAGCCAAUGGAAACAGAGGAGGCGCUCCCAACGUGGCCGUGGUGAUGGUGGAUGGCUGGCCCACGGACAAGGUGGAGGAGGCCUCAAGGCUUGCGAGAGAGUCAGGAAUCAACAUUUUCUUCAUCACCAUUGAAGGUGCCGUGGAAAACGAGAAACAGUACGUGACAGAGCCCAACUUUGCAAACAAGGCUGCGUGCAGGACAAAUGGCUUCUACUCACUCAGUGUGCAGAGCUGGUUCAGUCUCCACAAGACAGUGCAGCCCCUGGUGAAGCGGAUCUGUGACACCGAGCGGCUGGCCUGCAGCAAGACCUGCUUCAACUCGGCCGACAUCGGCUUUGUCAUUGAUGGCUCCAGCAGCGUGGGGACGGGCAACUUCCGCACGGUUCUCCAGUUUGUGGCCAACCUCAGCAAAGAGUUUGAGAUUUCAGAGACGGACACGCGCAUCGGGGCCGUGCAGUACACCUAUGAGCAGCGGCUUGAGUUUGGGUUUGACACGUACAGCACCAAGGCUGACAUCCUUAAUGCCAUCAAGACGGUGGGCUACUGGAGUGGUGGGACCAGCACGGGAGCUGCCAUCAACUUCGCCUUGGAACAGCUCUUCAAGAAGUCCAAGCCCAACAAGAGGAAGUUAAUGAUCCUCCUCACUGAUGGGAGGUCCUACGAUGACAUCCGAAUACCAGCCAUGGCUGCCCAUCACAAGGGUGUGAUCACCUAUGCAAUUGGCAUCGUCUGGGCUGCACAGGACGAGCUGGAAGUCAUCGCCACUCACCCUGCCAAGGACCACGCCUUCUUUGUGGACGAGUUUGACAACCUCUACAAACUGGUCCCCACAGUCAUCCAGAACAUUUGCACAGAGUUCAACUCACGGCCUCGGAACUGAAUUCCAAGCAGGCAAAGGCUGCUUUUCUGAUGACUCCAGGACAACCCCAGUGCUUUACAGGCAUACACGGAGCUGUGAGGCACGUAGAGCUUGAGAAACGCUGUGUUGUUAUGGUUCUUCACCAGCAUGGGUUUUUCAUACUUCAAAACUUGGACUUAGAGAGAUGAUCAUACAUUUGUAGAGUGAGCCAAAAUGAUACAUCCUUUUGAGGGUGUUGAGGGUUUCCAUUUUGACAACUGUUUUCAAAAUAACUAUUCAGACUAGAGUACAGCACUUAUGACAGUCUUAACCGAAGCUUUUAUGAGGUUUUUAAAAAAAAUUUUACUGCUUAUGAGAACUCUGUAACCCUCCACAAGUUUCAUGUUUGCCAUGACAAUACAGGAGCUGCUUAAUUAAAUAUGGACUCCAUGUGAUCAUUCUGUGUCACAGGUACUGGUCACAGUAUUGGUCACAGGGCCACCCUCUGUUCUUCUCCUUCCCCAGAGAACUUGCUGUGCACUCACUCCUGGCCCACGGUGCAGAGCAACUGAGUUCCCACAACUUCUAGCUUUAGGACCAUUUGGGGAAUAGCCCUGGAGAACCAAGCCAAACUGGCUUAAAAGCAGUGCAUUAAGCUGGUGAGGACACUCUCAGCCCACGCUGCAUACGAGAAUCACUUGGAGACUAAAAUGCUGGUUCCCAGUCCCCGUCCCAACACCAGUGAAAUCUGACUCUCCAGGAGUGGAGCCUGAACACUGGCGUGUUCGAGGGGCUCUCUGGUGAAGCUGAAGUGCUGCCAGAACGGGACUACAGAGCCACCGCUGAGCAGUCAGGGUCACAGCUAUUCCUGUUUGUGCCUGUUCUUCUUGGUUCCAUUCAGCUUAGCAUUUGUCCUGGGUUUUUCAUUUGUUAACUAGAUAUUAUUAUUAAUGGCAUUAAUAAUCUUAUUAAUAACUAGAAUUAUUAUUAAAAUAAGUUGGGAUAGGUUCGGGUGAACUCUGUUUUGGCUGAACUCCUGUCCUGGGAUAGGACUGUUUUGCUUCCAGCUUCUGCCAAGCACUCAUGGAUCAGGAUGUGAAAUCACAUGCAAGCAGGAACCAAAGAACCACAAACAGAUGACAUUUGAGAAGUUAUGUUUUGUAAAAAGUGUGUGGAAAAAUGCUACUCUGAAU